CGCUCCGGUUUCGCCGCCAUCUUAUGUCGCCUUUCUAUUGUUCAUAAUUGGAGUUAACAGAGGCGGCAUAGCGUUAUUGUGCGCAUUAUAUGAAUUUGAAGACGAAUAAGAGAACAUUUUAUGAAGGAAAGAACUGGCGAAUAACCAGAGACUGUCAUAGAAACUGACACGUUGAAUUUCUCUCAGGGUUCGAUCUUUCAUUCGAUCGGAAAAUAUGAUGGACGACGAACAGCCCAAGACUUUGUAUGUUGGAAACCUGUCUCGCGACGUGACAGAGGCGCUGAUCAUGCAACUCUUCGGGCAGAUAGGACCCUGCAAGAGCUGUAAAAUGAUUGUUGAUACGGCAGGUAAUGACCCAUACUGCUUUGUGGAGUUCUACGAGCAUAGGCAUGCUGCUGCCUCACUGGCCGCAAUGAAUGGACGUAAAAUAAUGGGUAAGGAGGUCAAGGUCAACUGGGCCACCACACCUAGCAGCCAGAAAAAAGACACAAGCAACCACUUCCAUGUCUUUGUGGGAGACCUCAGUCCAGAAAUCACCACCGAUGACAUCAAAGCUGCCUUUGCACCCUUCGGGAGGAUAUCUGAUGCUCGUGUGGUGAAAGACAUGGCCACAGGGAAGUCUAAGGGCUACGGCUUUGUGUCCUUCUACAACAAAUGGGACGCAGAAAAUGCCAUCCAACAGAUGGGCGGCCAAUGGCUGGGUGGGCGGCAGAUCAGAACCAACUGGGCCACGAGAAAGCCCCCUGCACCCAAAGCCACCUACGAGACGAAUACCAAGCAUCUGUCUUUUGAGGAAGUGGUCAACCAGUCCAGCCCUAGUAACUGCACUGUCUACUGUGGAGGAGUCACCACAGGCCUGACUGAGCAAUUGAUGCGACAGACGUUCUCUCCCUUCGGCCAAAUCAUGGAAAUCCGCGUGUUUCCAGACAAAGGCUACUCUUUUGUGAGGUUUAACUCGCACGAGGGUGCAGCCCACGCCAUUGUCUCUGUCAAUGGCACCUCCAUAGAGGGCCAUGUGGUCAAGUGUUAUUGGGGCAAAGAGACCACAGAGAUGGUCAGUCCCAUGCAGCAGGUACAGAUGCCUCAGCAGAACAAACUAGGCUUUGCUGCCCAGCCCUAUGGGCAGUGGGGCCAGUGGUACGGCAACACCCAGCAGAUCGGCCAGUAUGUGCCCAACAGCUGGCAGGUACCCGCCUACGGCGUCUAUGGCCAGGCAUGGAACCAGCAGGGCUUCAAUCAUUUACAGGCCGGGGCUGGCUGGACGGGGGUCGGAGCCAUCAGCAACGGGGCCAUGGUGGAACCAACACAGGGAGUCAACGGAACAAUGCUCGCCAACCAGUCCGGCAUGGGCACGGCUGGCUACCACACACACUGAUCGGACUGAACCAACUGAGCGACGGGGGGCGGGCGGGUGGGUGGGUGUGGGAUUAAGGGGAGGUGGGGUGGUGUCUACAACUUCAGACACCUCCGCUGUGGCCUCGGGAUGGGUGGUGGGGGGGGGGGUUAAAAGAAGACCCCUGCCCCCUCCUCAAGGGUCUCCCGUCAUCCAGGCGUCCAUGUUGGGGAGCGGCAUGUUGCCAUUUGACUGUUCCUCGACACCUUCCACCUGUAAUAUUUUUUUCCAUGUAAAUGUGGGCGGACGAUUCAAAGCAAAGUUCCCCCAUUUUGUGUCUAUGGGGGUCCCAAAGUUGUCCUGCCAUGGGAUUUAGACAUACACACUUUUUGAAUAUACAUACACCAUAUACACACAAAACCAUGUAUGUAUACUGACAUGUACACAACACACACACACUCUUACACACACACUUACACAAAGUCUUCGGCCUGGAGUCCGACGACUAAAUCAGAGGACUAUGCCAUUUUUAAUUCAAACAAACGUGCUAUAAAACGAAUAAAACACAUUACACAGCCGCAAGUUUUUUUUUUUUUUCCAUUUUGCUUUUUAAGUUUAGAGCAUUUUCAACUGCUGAUCUGGUAUGAAUGGAGCUUUGCCUUUUUCUUUCCUUCAUUUUGGGACUCGAUUUUAUCUCAUGAAAGGCGCUGACAUCACGGAAUCAUGUGAAAUAUGAGCCUAUUGGUUUUUUUAUGUUUGUAAAAAACUAUGAAUAAAAAACGGAUGUCAACUGUUGUAUUUUUUAAAUUAGAUAUUCAAUUUCUCAACAAAACAAAUAGCAGGGAUUACUGCCACUCUUCUUUCUUUGACGGCAGACAAAUAUUGCACAAUAACUAUUACUCUUGGUUACCUUUUCACUGAGAAAAAAAAUGUUACACAAAUUCUAGGAUUUUAAAUUGUUUUGCAUUCCACUUUUUUUUUCUUUUCCAGCAUUUUACUUUCAUUUCAUGGAGGGCUUAUAAAUAUACUGUUUUGUAUGUAAAUAACCAAACCAACGUCUGUUCAAUUGUUCCGAUGCUGUAUAAAGAAAACUCAGAUGUUAAUUAUGGAAGCAGCUUUUUCUUUUUUUGUUUUGCGGUUGGGUUAGGUUCUUGGAGGACGGACUUAUGUAAAUUAGUGCUCGGCUGUAGUGCCACUGUUGAAUGCAGUCCAUUCAAACAGAAACAGUGCAUCAUGCGAUUCUUCCAGGGGUUUUUCGUUUGUUUUAGUUUUUUGAUAAGGGGACUUGGGGAAGGGCCCUUGUGACAGCAUUGCCAUGCAGUGCAAACGAUUCAGACUGAAAAGUAAUGUAGAAUUACAGUAAUUCUGUGUAUAAACUAUCAAAUUAGAACUUUUUUUUUUUUUUUUUUUUUUUUAAUUUCAAUGUAGUCGUUAGUGUCGAAGGGAAAACCCCUGGAAGGAUCGAUAUUUUUGCACUGUUUCGUCCUCCAGGUGUCAUUUUAACUAGAGUUGGAUGAGACCCAUUGUGUUGCCUUAUUUUGAGUUGAUUCCAUUUUAACCAACCGAGUGUCAUGAGAGUAGGCAGUGCCUAAGGAUAUUUUCAGACCUUAUGUUUUUUUUUUUUUUUUUUGGAUAAUGUUGAUGCUACUAUCAUGUGUUCUUGCUUUGUCCCAUUAAAAUGCUGAUGCGUACCAACACACUUUCAGAGAAA